CUCUUAUCACCAGAAUCCCAAUUUUGAAACACUUCAAGAGACCCAUCUGCAUUCAAGAAACGAAAAUCCUCUCAAAGAAUAAAAGCUCCAUUAAUAUUGUUGCUCUGUAAUCAAAACCCUUGAAGAAAAAUCUGAUCUUUGCAAUUAAAUCAAAUCAAUAGUUCAUAAAUGGAUUCAACUCCUCAUUCUCUUCGAUCCAGUCCCCAUUUGAACACUAAAUCAGCCUCACGCCUCGCUCGAAUCGCAUUCUCUGAUCAAAGCAAACAACCCUCAAAUCUCUUACUAGACCUUGUUCCCUUAUCACCAACGAAUACUCCAUUUCCAUCUCCAAUCUCUCUCAGAUCGUCCAACGGUCUUCCUCUCCAAGAACUGCUCCUUCUCUCGCCUUCUCCACUUAGGAAGUCAAGAACCCGCCUCACGGAUCGUAUUGAGAUGGUCGAAGAUGGUGUAGAACCCACCAGUGCUACUCGUAGGAGGUGCAAAAACAGGGGAGCUCAAAUGGCUCUGAUGGGUUGUGCCUCGCCAAGGAAUACUAGAAGGUCAAGGAGAAGAUCGGAGAUAGAGAUGAAGGAAGAGAGGGAUCCAGCAUUGGUGGAGGAGAUUGGAAAGGCAAGAAAAAGGAGGAAUAGUGGGAGGUCAAAGAAGGAGAAGCUCAGUCUGGUUCCUUUGGUUCCUUCUCCAAGUCCAUCCCCAAAAAAUGAUGAUGGCGAUAGCGGAAAUUUUGAUGGAAUUGGGAUGGUGGUUGCUAAUUUGAUUAUGUGGAAAGAUGUUGCAAUAUCAAGUCUUUGGUUUGGUCUUGGGUGUCUAUGUUUCUUGUCUUCUUGCUUUGCACAAGGAAUCAACUUUAGUAUCUUCUCUGCAAUCUCUCAACUUGGACUAUUAUUUCUGGGUGCAUCGUUCUUCUCCAAUUCAAUCUGUCAAAGAAACAAUGUUGAAAAAAAGCGUGAAUUUAAGCUGAAAGAGGAGGACAUAUUGCGACUAGGUAGACUGAUACUACCCGCUGCAAAUCUUGCAAUUUCGAAGACAAGACAACUGUUCUCAGGAGAUCCAUCUAUGACCCUCAAAGUAAUUCCAUUUCUCCUUUUAGGAGCUGAGUAUGGUCACCUUAUAACUCUACGGAGGCUCUGCACACUUGGAUUUUUCAUCAGCUUCACUGUCCCAAGACUAUACUGUUGCUAUUCUAGCCAGAUAAAGCAAAAAGUUGAGAACAUGAAAAGGAGGGUAAUUGAAACAUGGCUAGCCUGCUCUCACAAGAAGAUUGUGGUAGCCUCAGCAGCCACAGCCUUUUGGAAGCUGUCCAGUAUAAAAACCCGCAUAUUCACCGCAUUUAUAUCUUUGGUCAUACUCCAAUACUGCCGGAAGCACUUGGUGGCAAAAUCAGAAGAGGAAGAGGCAGAAGAAGGUGAACGAGAAAAUCUGCAUCAAGCAUUGGUGUUGGCUGAAGGGCAGGAGCAACAUGCACUGGUGGUGGCAGAGGCAGCAGCUUCUCCGAAGUAGUAGUAACACAUUUUGGCUCUUCUAAUUCAUUGUAAAACAUCUCAAUAACCGCCUUCCCCCCUAAACAGGCCAAUGAGAUAUUGGAGAACAUGCCAUGCCACUGCCUCAUCCAUAUUCAUGUAGAAAUGACAAAAGAAGCCUAAUUGUUGACAAAUAUAUAUGAGCAUAGUAUUGCUUGAUGGAUGACAUCAAAUAAAAGUAGCUAUAUUGUUCUU